CUUACCCGUACACGCAACAGGUUCGCUCUCCCUCUCUCGAGAUCGUUACAGUUCGUCGGCUUUUGCGGGGCGCACAGGUUCCUCGACAGGUCGCUUUACGUGCUCGCUCGCGCCGCGCUCUCCUUCCCGUGUGGAGAGAAGAAUCGGAAAACAACAACAGAAACUGUAUCGAUCGCGCGCACACCGGAGUCUGGCCCAAGAAGGUCACGGUUAGAUCGCGACUAUCUCCAGCGGACAGUGUUUGUGCAAACGUCGAGCCAGCCGGGUUGGUGGCUUUCUAACUCUCCGCGAGCAGUCGGUGUUGAGGUCGUCGCGCAUAGUUCUGGACCUCUUCUGAGUGGUCAGACUUGAGCGUUCGCGUGUGUGUUGUUUUGUUUUGGGUUUUGGUGGGACACUGCUCUUUCCCGUCGGUACUGCCGCGUGAACUACCCGUGUGCAAUACAAGCAGCGAUCCUUGCGGUACCUGAACUGUUGAAAAGUUGUGAAGAGAUAGAGAGUUUUAUGGUUCUGAUCCAAGAUCAUCCUCCGAGGUUUGGGGAAAUGUGCGUGAAGCUAGUGUGAAGUUGUGAGUCAAACAAUUGUUUACAAGAAAAAAAAAGUUCAAGUGAUCAAGUUCUCAAAAGCAAAGAAGAUCAUGGAAACGUGCGUACUGAUUCCGCAGGAGUUUGCCCUCGCGGUGACCGGCGUCGGGGCGCGCAACUCCCGUGAGCAAACGGCCACCGUGUGGUCCAACACGGCGAUCCCCCAGGGCACCGUGUGCUACCCCUUCCAGGGCACGGUCCGGAUCGACAAUCUGGACCUGUACAGCUACGUGGACGAAGAUGAUAUUCGCCACCGGUUUGGGCUGUACGACGAGAUCACCACGGUCAACGGACGGCGGGUGCGCCACUGCAACUGGAUUCGCUUCCUGCGGGUGUCGGAAACGUACGGACCCCAGGUGAACGUGGUCUGCGUCAAGGUGAAAGGUGAACCGAUCUACGAGUGCGUCAAGCCGAUCCCGUCCCACCAGGAGCUCGUAGUGUACUACGUGCCGGAAGGCCCCGAAGAGCUGUUCUUCAUCCGGAUGCGCAGCCAGCUGUACCGACAAACGAUGGACUCGAUCCUCGAAGACUCCCCCCUCGAUCUCUCCACCUCCCUCCUAUCCCGCGUAAUGCUACCGAUCUCACCCCCGUCCGGCACCGAGGACGAACGCAAGUCCGUGUCCGGCGACAGCUCGAUUUCAAUCUCGUCCGGCGCCAGCGUCACCAGCGCCGCCGACCUGCAGGACCGCGAUCACCGGGAUUCAAUCCCGGCAGCGCCCACCUCCCGAAGUUCCCCGAAGGCGCGCCCGUCCCGCGGGGAACGCGCCAUGCUGCCCUGUGAGGUGUGCGGCAAGGCCUUCGAUCGUCCUAGUCUGCUGAAGCGUCACAUGCGGACGCACACCGGUGAAAAGCCGCACGUUUGCGGCGUCUGCGGGAAGGGCUUUAGCACGUCCUCGUCGCUGAACACGCACGUGCGCAUUCACAGCGGCGAAAAGCCGCACCAGUGUCAGGUGUGCGGCAAGCGGUUCACGGCGAGCUCGAAUCUGUACUACCACCGGAUGACGCACAUUAAGGACAAACCCCACAAGUGCAGCCUCUGCUCCAAGUCGUUUCCGACGCCGGGCGACCUCAAGUCGCACAUGUACGUCCACAACGGCUCGUGGCCCUUCAAGUGUCACAUCUGUUCGCGCGGCUUCUCCAAGCAAACGAACCUGAAGAAUCACCUCUUCCUGCAUACCGGUAAGUUGCCUAGAGGUGACAAACCGCACGUCUGCGAGGUGUGCAACAAGUCCUUUGCGUUGGCCUGCAACCUGAAAGCGCACAUGAAAACGCACGAGGAGGGCGGCGGAACGUCGAUCAGCGGCGCGGACGAGGAGCCACACCGGGCCACCUCCAGCCAGGGCGGCAGCAUGAUGGGCAGCCACAGCGAGGGCGAAGAAGAGUCGUCCAAUCCGGCGCCGUCGAUGCACCACCCGGCGGCAGUCGCGGCGGCGGCCGCCUUCGAAAAGGUCACCAAGGAGCAGCUCAACUUCUCCAAGCAUCUGCUCUUCUCGAGCUACACCAAACAGAUGCUGUCCGGAGUUGGGUAAAUCGAGUGAGAAUCAACGCCAGACCACCCCCACCCCCCCACUUCCAAAAUCGUCUAAAAGAGGCACCCCCCCCAAUGUAGAAUAUGUGUACUACUACGUGUAACUAAACUAUUACUAC